AUCUAUAAAAACACAGCUUAUUUAUAAGAAAAUUUUUAUGUUAUAUAGAUUAAGAUCCUAUACCUUAAUUCUACCAAACACGAUCUAAUUCUGUCUCAACAGUCUCUACCUACCACAAUAACAACCACCACCAAUAACAAGAGAUAUUUCAAGUUUUCUUAACCCUUUUGUUUUUCACUUUUGUGAUUCUUCUCAGACACCAACAUGGCACCCUCAACCCCUCAAGUCAUCACCUGCAAAGCUGCUGUGGCAUGGGGAGCUGGGGAGCCACUGGUGAUGGAGGAAGUGGAGGUCAGCCCUCCCCAACCAAUGGAGAUUAGGAUUAAGGUUGUCUCNACCUCUCUCUGCCGUAGUGAUCUUUCUGCUUGGGAGUUUCAUGCCAUAUUUCCUCGCAUAUUUGGCCAUGAAGCAUCAGGGAUUGUUGAGAGUGUGGGACUAGGAGUGACUGAAUUCAAAGAGGGUGACCAUGUGCUAACAGUAUUCAUUGGAGAAUGCAUGACAUGCAGACAGUGUACAUCUGGAAAAAGUAACAUUUGUCAAGUUUUAGGAUUGGAAAGAAGGGGUUUAAUGCACAGUGAUCAGAAGACACGCUUCUCAGUAAAAGGGAAGCCUGUUUAUCAUUAUUGUGCUGUUUCAAGUUUCAGUGAAUAUACAGUAAUCCAUUCCGGAUGUGCAGUGAAAAUCAGCCCCCAUGCACCUCUUGAGAAAAUUUGCCUUCUGAGCUGUGGGGUUGCUGCAGGUCUGGGUGCAGCAUGGAAUGUUGCCGAUGUGUCAAAAGGAUCAACUGUGGUGAUUUUUGGUCUUGGAACUGUAGGCCUAUCCGUUGCUCAAGCUGCAAAACUAAGAGGUGCAUCUAGAAUAAUUGGUGUUGACAACAACCCACAGAAGUGUGAAAAUGCUAAGGCUUUUGGGGUUACAGAAGUUGUUGACCCGAAUUCCUGUGAAGAACCUAUUGCUCAGGUUAUUAAGCGGAUUACUGAUGGCGGUGCAGAUUUCUCUUUUGAAUGUGUUGGUGACACUGAUAUGAUAACCACUGCAUUGCAGUCAUGCUGUGACGGAUGGGGUCUGACUGUAACACUUGGGGUGCCAAAGGCGAAGCCUGAGAUGUCAGCUCAUUAUGGACUACUACUAACGGGAAGAACAUUGAAAGGAUCUCUAUUUGGAGGAUGGAAACCAAAAUCUGAUCUUCCUUCAUUAGUAGAGAAGUAUGUCAACAAGGAAAUCCAGAUUGAUGACUACAUAACACACAAUUUGCCAUUUGAUGACAUCAACAAAGCUUUCAAUCUCAUGAAGGAAGGAAAAUGUCUGCGUUGUGUUAUCCACAUGCCAAGAUAAUACCUACAGUUUCUUUCUUUAUUCUUUUCUAAAAAAGAGAAAGUUAUUGCAGAAAUCAGUGCCCCAUAGAAUGUAGAAACUUCUUUGCAUAGUUAUCAUUGAACAUUGAUAAGAGUUGAAUCUUGUAAUUACAAUCUUGAUUAUGCUAAUCAUAUGCUAUGCUAA